AUGGUUAUAUGGUUUGGACGGUCUUGCUAUGACGUUUACCGUUCAGAGUUUCGUAAUAUGCCUCCUGAGCACCACUAUGCCAAGAUAAUGCAGCACAAGAUGAAGUUGGUGAAGAAUCCAAAUUCCCGGACCAACUUUACCGUUUAUGAAGGGUCUCAGCUUCUCGAACUCAUUAAAAUUGGGCCCGGGGACAAGAUUGUGCACUAUGAGCAUGUUCACGAACCACCGGUGCUCAAUACUUUACCUCAAUGCAUUUACGAAGACGAAAGCUGCUAUGUAGUGGACAAACCAGCAGGAGUACCUGUACAUCCGGUAAAAAAUUACUUUUACAAUACAGUGAUGUCUCUGAUCUACAACGAAAGGCCCGACUUGGAGCCGUUAUAUCCAGUGCAUCGAUUGGAUAAAGUCACUUCCGGUGUAUUAAUGUUUUGUAAAGAUCAGACGACUGUAAGCCUGUUCAAGCAGAUGAUGCGAAAUAAAAGUGUCGCCAAGACUUAUUUGGCUCGGGUAAGCGGGGUUUUUCCUGAACGUACACAAUGUGAUGACCCGAUAGUGUACAUAUAUGGUGCUCGGAAAGAGGUAAAGCAGUUUGAGCCUGCAAAAACAGUGUUCGCCAAGCUAUUCUAUGACUCCAUUACAGACGAAUCUGUGAUUGAAUGCCAUCCAAUCAGCGGGUUUCCCCAUCAAAUUAGAAUCCAUCUACGUAACUUGGGGUUCCCUAUCAUUCAGGACUAUCUGUAUCGAGACAAGUACACAGAAGUAUUUAGGCAGCGUAGUGAAGUCACUUCAGAAUAUCUUGACAGUCUGUAUAUGAGAUCAAUGAAGCAAAGACAGAGCAUGGAGUCAAUGGAAAAUUGUAAAUGUCCCGAAUGCCAAACUACACUAUAUAAAGAUCCCAGUCCGCAAUCGUUGGCUAUCAAGCUUCAUUCAUUAAGGUAUUCGCUAUGGAACGAAGAUACCAAUAAACAAUGGAAAUUCGAAACUCAAAUACCGAGCUGGGCAAAGCCAAGCCAUUGA